AUGGACUUCGAGGAAGACUUCACCAUCCCCCCACCACCGAGUUACGCUGACUCAGUUCCCAACCCUUCGCGUGUCAAAAUGCCCACUAACCCACCGCCACCACCAGCCAUGCCGCGAAACAGCGGAAAGGGGAGGUACAUGGAGUGUCUCAAGAACCACGCGCUUUCCCUCGGAGGCCACGCGCUCGACGGCUGCGGUGAGUUCAUGCCCGCUGGAGCUGACGGCACCCUCGACGCACUAAACUGCGCUGCCUGCAACUGCCACCGCAACUUCCACCGCAAGGAAACCGUCGCCGGAGAUGCUUUCUUGCUACCUCACCACCACUACAACCCUUUCCAUAACCACCGCCACCACCAAGCGUUUCCGCAAUUCGCGGCGUGUUACCGCGCUCAGGGAGCUGGAUACCUCCACGUGUCAGGACAUCAAAGAGGAGGCAGUACCCCGACUCUGGCUCUGCCGUCGAUCUCCGGCGGCGGCGGUGGUACCACACAGAGUACGAGGGACGAUCACGAGGAUGGUUCGGAACCUAGUGGCGGCGGCGGCGGUGUAGGUUCGGCGUCGAAGAAGAGGUUCAGAACGAAGUUCAGUCCGGAGCAGAAGGAAAAGAUGACGGUGUUCGCGGAGAGCGUAGGGUGGAAGCUUCAGAAGCUUGAUGAGGUGGCGGUUCAGGAGUUCUGCGAUGAGGUUGGAGUGAAGCGUCACGUUCUCAAGGUUUGGAUGCAUAACCACAAGAACACCCUCGCUAUCAAGAAGCCCUAG